CCCCCGGGGUCUGCCUGUCCUCAUCACGUCUGCGGAUCACAUUGUACACAUUUGGGCGCGUCCCUCUCUUCUCCGCCUUACCCUGCAUCUCACUGGUCUAUCCCCGGGAAAAGACUGAGCUCGCCUUGCUCCUCUGACCUUUCUUUACUUUUCCUCCACUGCGACAAAAUCGUCUACGAUCCCAUCUUCACGAUGACCCGCGAGUGGAACCACGGAUUGCUCGGGUGCUUCGACAACAUCGGGCUGUGCCUCAUCACGUACCUGGCGCCCUGCUACACGGCGGGCAAGAACGCCGAGGCCGUGGGCGAGGACUGUCUGGUCUGCGGUGUCCUAACUCUGGUGCCUCUCGUUGGAGCCUGGUUCAGGGCGCAGAUUCGAGGAAAGAUUCGAGAACAGAAGGGCAUCGAGGGCUCCCUGGUGACAGACCUGUUACUACACCUGUGUUGCCCUUGUUGUGCGCUUGCGCAAGAGGGUCAGGAGGUUGGCACGGACAUCCCCACAGUCUCCAUGGUCAGGGAGUGAUGACGUCAGAAUGACGUCACGAGAAGGAAGAAUUCACUACAAGUCGCCAUCCUGGAAAAGCUUUUUUUUCUGCCGAACUCUUUAAGUCAGCUUCCUGUGUGACAAUGCAAAGAGCUAAUUGUUUUUUUUUUAUGUUUAUCACCUUUUUCGCUUAGUCCACUCCAAAACGUUUUCCUAAUACGGUCUUUCAUGUAGAUAUGCGUUUCAAGUAAUACAGAACCUUGUAAUGCCUUAUGGUAAAUAUUUUAUGAAUCCUUCAAUGACGUUUCUUCUGUGCAGUUUGUAUCGAAUCCCGAGUCAAGCAACGUCCACUAUUUUUAUUUUGUAAUGCAGAGCUAGAGAAAACACAACACACAAUCUUUUUGAACUGAUAGUCUGUUUCACCUGCAUUCCGCCAGGAGGCGUGACAUAUUGGACCAUGUUACAGUACUAGUAAUAUACGUAUACGUGUCUGUCAUGUGUUUCUAUUAGUCCUUUUACAAGGGGGCGUGACAGUGCUGUUUUGCUUAUUAUGCGUCAGAAAGUGCCUACAAUGUAACAAGGUAUAGAUAUUGUAGUAAUGCAUUACGUAGAUACAAUGUAUGUACCAAUAGAGCGAAUAUAUAUACUAGCAGUGUAGCCAGUGGUGUAGCCUGUUACACAAUCUCUCGCUGUCACGUGUCAGGGACUGGUUGGGCUUCCUCCUGCCCAGUGGAAUGACUGCUAGCAGUGUGAUGUAGUGAAGCUAACUAGUAGUGCGACUAUUGUCGUAGCAGUAGUCCUUACGUACCAUAUUACGUAGUCCUUACGUACCAUACGUAUUUUAGCCACAUGUACCCUAGGCCUUGUUGUAGAGUUUGAGUAAAGCUUGAAGGUACUAUCAA